AUGUCUGUAGAAGAAAUGGAUACCAUUCAGGCAUCAUCUUGUGAAAAUAAUGUAAAGCAAGUUUUGGAAUCAAAUGAAUGUGAACCAAAACAUUUUAGAAAUAGCUUUCACUCUGAUAGAAUACUAGAAGGCUUACAGUCUCUACGCAAAAAUGAAGUUUUAUGUGAUAUUAGAUUUAAAACAGAUGACGGUAGUAUAGUAUUCGGACAUAAAAAUGUUCUAAUGGUAGCUAGUCCAUAUUUCGAAGCAAUGUUUAAUAAUUUUGAUGGAAUCAAUAAAGAUCUUGUUAGUAUAAGAGAAUUAGAUUCCACCAUACUACAAAUAUUGCUAGAUUAUAUUUAUACUGGUGAAUUGAUAAUGACAAAUGAAAAUGUACAGGUUUUGUUACCAGCUGCAAACAUCUUACAGUUAGAUUUUGUAAAAGCUGCAUGUGCUGAGUUUUUACAAAAACAACUGGAUGCAUCGAAUUGUCUUGGUAUCAGAGCAUUUGCUGACUUACAUAACUGUACAGAAUUGUUAUCAAGUUCUGAAGCAUUCAUAAAAAAAGAGUUUCUGGAAAUGGUUAAAAGUGAUGAGUUUCUAUCUUUAUCUUUUGAAGAUGUGGUUAAAAUUAUCUCUUGUAAUGACCUUGCUGUUCCAUAUGAAGAAAAAGUAUUUGAAAGUGUUAUUAAAUGGGUAAAACAGGAUUUGGACCAGAGAAAAGAUUUUUUGACAGAAUUAAUGGAACAUGUACGUUUGCCAAUGAUAGCAUCUAGGCCUGAUAUAUUUAUAAAUAUAGUAAACGAAUCUCUCCUAAAGAAUAAUCCUAAAUGUAACGAAUAUGUAAUUGAAGCAUUCCAUUUUAAUCUACAAAAAUCAGUUCAGCAUUUCACCAUUCCACAAACAAUUCGUUGUACACCCAGGCAGUUUGGUGAUUCACGAAAAGUUAUUUUAAUGUUCAACCGGUCUGAUACAUCGCCAAAGUGUUAUACAGAAUGGUAUGACCCAGCAACCAAACUACGUGAGAAAGCACCAGGGAUAAAUGAUUGUCGUCAGUUAGCUGGUCUAGGCGUAAUUAGAGAUCAAUUUGUUUUUGUUGUGGGAGGUGUGAAUAAUUUGUGUUCACAAUCUGUUAGUAUGCUUGAUGUAUCUUUACGAUCUCCAUCUUGGGUUCCAAUGGCCAACAUGGUAGUAAAACGGCAACGAUUAGGAGUUGCUGUAUUGAAUGAUUGUAUAUAUGCAGUUGGUGGUGGAAAUCUCGACAAUCCAUUAAAUUGUGUAGAGGUGUUUGAUGUCAGUAUUCAAAAAUGGAGAUUGGUAGCUAGUAUGUCUACUGAAAGACGCGAUUUUGGUGUUGGUGUACUCAAUAAUCAUUUAUAUGCGGUUGGGGGUGCUGCAGGUAAAAAUAGAUGUUUGAAAUCUGUGGAAUAUUAUGAUCCCACACUUGAUACAUGGACACCAGUUGCAGAGAUGUCCGUAUGCCGUCAAGGUGUUGGUGUAGGAGUUUUGGACGGUGUUCUGUAUGCUAUUGGUGGCUAUAAUGGAAAGGAUCUUAAAAGUGUUGAGAUUUAUAGACCGAGUGAUGGAGUUUGGUCUUCUGUAGCUGAUAUGGAAAUAUGUCGUUUUCGUCCUGGAGUAGCUGUCUUAGAUGGUUUAUUGUAUGUUAUUGGCGGAGAAUCUGCAGUUGGAUCUAUGAAUGAUAAUAUAGAAAUUUACAACCCUAAAACCAAUACUUGGACCAUGGAGAGAUAUUCGAGAAGUGAAUCUCAAAUAAUUUGUAAAAUUGGUCCAAAUCUUGUUAGUAUAAGAGAAUUAGAUUCCACCAUACUACAAAUAUUGCUAGAUUAUAUUUAUACUGGUGAAUUGAUAAUGACAAAUGAAAAUGUACAGGUUUUGUUACCAGCUGCAAACAUCUUACAGUUAGAUUUUGUAAAAGCUGCAUGUGCUGAGUUUUUACAAAAACAACUGGAUGCAUCGAAUUGUCUUGGUAUCAGAGCGUUUGCUGACUUACAUAACUGUACAAAAUUGUUAUCAAGUUCUGAAGCAUUAAUAAAAAAAGAGUUUCUGGAAGUGGUUAAAAGUGAUGAGUUCCUAUCUUUAUCUUUUGAAGAUGUGGUUAAAAUUAUCUCUUGUAAUGACCUUGCUGUUCCAUAUGAAGAAAAAGUAUUUGAAAGUGUUAUUAAAUGGGUAAAACAGGAUUUAGACCAGAGAAAAGAUUUUUUGACAGAAUUAAUGGAACACGUACGUUUGCCAAUGAUAGCAUCUAGGCCUGAUAUAUUUAUAAAUAUAGUAAACGAACCUCUCCUAAAGAAUAAUCCUAAAUGUAACGAAUAUGUAAUUGAAGCAUUCCAUUUUAAUCUACAAAAAUCAGUUCAGCAUUUCACCAUUCCACAAACAAUUCGUUGUACACCCAGGCAGUUUGGUGAUUCACGAAAAGUUAUUUUAAUGUUCAACCGGUCUGAUACAUCGCCAAAGUGUUAUACAGAAUGGUAUGACCCAGCAACCAAACUACGUGAGAAAGCACCAGGGAUAAAUGAUUGUCGUCAGUUAGCUGGUCUAGGCGUAAAUAGAGAUCAAUUUGUUUUUGCUGUAGGAGAUGUGAAUAAUUUGUGUUCACAAUCUGUUAGUAUGCUUGAUGUAUCUUUACGAUCUCCAUCUUGGGUUCCAAUGGCCAACAUGGUAGUAAAACGGCAACGAUUAGGAGUUGCUGUAUUGAAUGAUUGUAUAUAUGCAGUUGGUGGUGGAGAUGUCAAAAAUGCAUUAAAUAGUGUAGAGGUGUUUGAUGUCAGUAUUCAAAAAUGGAGAUUGGUAGCUAGUAUGUCUACUGGAAGAUGUGAUUUUGGUGUUGGUGUACUCAAUAAUUUAUUAUACGCGGUUGGAGGUGCUGAUAAUGUGUGUUUGAAAUCUGUGGAAUAUUAUGAUCCCACACUUGAUACAUGGACACCAGUUGCAGAGAUGUCCGUAGGCCGUCAAGGUGUUGGUGUAGGAGUUUUGGACGGUGUUCUGUAUGCUAUUGGUGGCUAUGCUGAAAUACAUCUUAAAAGUGUUGAGAUUUAUAGACCGAGUGAUGGAGUUUGGUCUUCUGUAGCUGAUAUGGAAAUAUGUCGAUUUUGUCCUGGAGUAGCUGUUUUAGAUGGUUUAUUGUAUGUUAUUGGCGGAGAAUCUGCAUUUGGAUCUAUGAAUGAUAAUAUAGAAAUUUACAACCCUAAAACCAAUACUUGGACCAUGGAGAGAUAUUCGAGAAGUGGUUGUCACAUUUUUGGUGGAUUAGUUGUUGAUAGACCACCAAAUUUUAUUAACUGAUCAGCAUAUAUAAUGGUCUUAUUGUUGAUAUUAAUAUGAUUAUAUGAACAUUUUUAUUUAUAA